AUGGUGGGUCGUGGCAAAACUCUCGGAUCCGGGGCCGUGAAGAAGGCUACAUCAAGAAGCAGCAAAGCCGGUCUCCAAUUCCCAGUGGGUCGAAUCGCUCGUUUCUUGAAGAAAGGCAAGUACGCCGAACGUGUUGGUGCCGGAGCUCCGGUCUACUUGUCGGCCGUUCUAGAGUACCUCGCCGCCGAGGUUUUGGAGUUGGCUGGAAACGCGGCGAGAGACAACAAGAAGACGAGGAUUGUCCCGAGGCACAUUCAGCUCGCGGUGAGGAACGACGAGGAGUUAAGUAAAUUGCUCGGAGAUGUGACGAUUGCUAAUGGAGGAGUGAUGCCUAAUAUUCACAAUCUUCUUCUUCCUAAGAAGACUGGUGCUUCAUCCAAGCCAUCUGGGGACGACGACGAUUGA